AUGGCAAUUGCCAAGGAGCACGCAACAAAGGACUCCCAUAUGGCUCUUCUUCAAGCUUGUUCCUUCGAUGGAAACAUGUAUGGAGCUGGAGGUGGAGGAGGUAGAGGUACUUCAGGCCAAGUUUCUGAUCCUUCUUCUCAAGGUUUUUUCGGGUUCGAGAACGAUCGCCAGAGUGUGCUUGAAGAAGGGGAGAGCUCAGACAAUACAAGUGGUAGUGAUUCAGUCAAGAAUUUCGCUUUCAGUCGUCUUCCUUCCCUUUCUGGUCCAAGCAAUUCAAGCAACACUAGCUUUAUGUUCGGAACCACAACAAAUUCUAUACUACUAGAAGAAGCUCAUCAAUCUGUUAUCAACUUCAAGACUGGUUAUGGUAACUGGGGAAGAACAAGUGAGUCUUUGCUUAGCUUCGAACAAGGCGGCGGUGACCGGAUUUUUGCCAAUUACCCGAAAAUUAAUCACCAAGAUGAGUACUCACUUUGGGCAGAUUCCAUGGAGAAGAGUAUUGAAUCUCGUUUGUCUGAAAACCCUAAUUGUUUCGAGAUGGCAAGUGGUUGGCUAUACUCAGGAUGUGUUGAUGCAGAUGAAAGUGUUCAUGAGCAGUCUGAAGGGCUUGAAUCAUCCUCCCACAAGCGUCCUUUCAUGGGUGAAGAAAUGAAAGAUCUCAAGAGGCAGUGUAGUGGUGUGCCUAGGAAGCCCAACCUCAAGUCAUCAGCCCCAUCCAAGGACCCACAGAGUAUUGCAGCUAAGAAUCGAAGAGAAAGAAUCAGUGAGAGGUUGAAGAUAUUGCAGGAUUUAGUACCCAAUGGAGCAAAGGUUGAUUUGGUUACCAUGCUAGAGAAGUCCAUAAGUUAUGUCAAGUUUCUUCAAUUGCAAGUGAAGGUUUUGGCUAUGGAUGAAUUCUGGCCGGCUCAAGGUGGAAAAGCUCCUGAGGUUUCUCAAGUAAAGGAAGCCAUUGAUGCAAUUCUCUCAUCACAUAGAGACAGAAAUUCAAGCUCAAGCUGA